AUGUCCUUCAGUGCUACCAUUCUCUUCUCCCCACCCAGUGGCAGUGAGGCCACAUGCUGUUGCUGUGCCUGUAAAAAUGAGACUAGUGGGGGCAGCACACAGGGCGGGAAUCCUCCUCCCAGCACCCCUAUCACUGUGACAGGACAUGGCCUGGCCGUUCAGAGUUCAGAGCAGCUCCUACAUAUCAUCUACCAGAGGGUAGAGAAGGCAGUGGGACUGGCUGAAGCUGCUCUGGGUCUUGCCAGGGCCAACAAUGAAUUGUUAAAACGUCUGCAGGAGGAGGUGGGUGAGCUAAAGCAAGGGAAAGUGCCUACCCCUGAUGAGAAUGGAGAAAGUGGGGCACAGAGCUCCCCACCUGAAGAGCCUGGGACCCUCAAGGAGAACCCCGGGGAGACCAGCAAGGCUCUGGCUGCCAUGGAAGAAGAGUGUGACAGCGUGGGCAGCGGCGUGCAGGUGGUGAUCGAGGAGCUGCGGCAGCUGGGAGCAGCCUCCGCUGUGGGGCCUGGACCUUUAGGCUUCCCAGCCACUCCAAGGUGUGCCCUGGCUGCCAGUGAGGGGGCCUCACUGCUCAAUCCUCUGGUGGAUGAUUACGUGGCCUCUGAGGGUGCAGUGCAGCGGGUGCUGGUCCCUGCUUAUGCCAAGCAACUCUCACCAGCCACACAACUGGCUAUCCAGCGGGCAGCCUCAGAGACGGGGCCAGAGAAUGGAGCCAAGCUGCCAUUGCCCCGCCCCGAAGAUGUGCUCAGUGCUGCUGCUGCCCUGGACAAUGCCUUGGAAGAGUCAGGCCCUGGAGGCACUGGGGAGCUGAGACAAUCUCUAGUGUUUACUGCUUCCCAGUGCAGGACCAGAGGGAGUGGGCAGAGGAAUUCCAGGCGGAAGAGGGAUCUGGUAUUGUCUAAAAUGGUCCACAAUGUGCAUAACCACAUCACCAAUGACAAGAGAUUCAAUGGGUCUGAAAGCAUCAAGUCCUCUUGGAAUAUUUCAGUAGUGAAGUUCCUUCUGGAAAAGCUGAAGCAGGAGCUGGUGACCAGUCCCCACAAUUACACUGAUAAGGAGCUGAAAGGAGCCUGUGUGGCCUAUUUCCUUACCAAGAGGCGUGAGUACCGAAACUCCUUGAACCCCUCUAAAGGCCUGAAGGAAAAAGAGGAGAAGAAACUUCGAAGUCGUCGGUACCGGCUUUUUGCCAACCGAUCCAGUAUCAUGAGGCAUUUUGGACCUGAGGAUCAACACCUGUGGAAAGAUGUGACCGAAGAGCUGAUGUCAGAUGAAGAGGACAGUCUUAAUGAGCCAGGUGUCUGGGUGGCCCGCCCACCUCGAUUCCGGGCCCAGUGCCUCACAGAGCUCUGCUAUCAUCUGGAUGCUAACUCUAAGCAUGGCACCAAAGCCAACCGUGUGUAUGGGCCUCCCUCAGAUAGAUUGCCUUCUGCUGAGGUCCAGCUCCUUCCACCAGAACUUUACAAUCCUAACUUCCAAGAAGAGGAAGAUGAGGGAGGUGAUGAGAAUGGACCUAUCUCCCCAUCUUUUGACCAAACCCAAAAAACUUUCUGUCCUGACUUGAACUCAUUCAUUGAAAUCAAGGUGGAAAAGGAUGAAUGA